GAAAUACAUUCAUUUUAAAUCUUAUUUUUUCACGUUUAACCAUUUCAGAAACUGAUGCUUGGGAAUGAAUUUGUUUCAAAAACAGACGAGCAUGACUUUGAGGAGUUUUCUUCGUAGGCUGGGCUCUCAUGAGUCGGCGAGCAGGCCCUGCCCAUAUCUGGAGCUGCACAGUAACCUGAGAGAAGAGACCACCCCGAGAAAGGGGGCAGAGCGACAAUGGUGUGUGUGUGUUUUACAUCAACACAGCUUGAUAGAAAGAAUAAGGAAAGCAAUUGAGAGGUGGGGGGCGUUAACUUUUGGUAAAAGAGRGGCAUGCGAGUUGAGGGAGUUUCCAAAGUUUUCAAAGCAGACUGCAAACAUUAGACUUCAGAAUCUGCAGGGCCUCAAGAUGUAGACUACACAGUCCUGCUGGAUGGAAACCACAUGUGAGCUGGGGUUUUAGCAGAAACACUUUUCACAUGCAGGGCUUAGAUUGCAGAAAAAUGGGGUAAAAACUAAGAAAAGGAUAUAGAAAAAUAUAAAGAGCCAGUGAGACGAAGAGGACAAACUCCCAGAUGGACAUGUGCAAAGAUCGAGUCCCCCUGGGCUUUCUGCUGCGUUUGAGCAUCCUGCUCACUGCUGUGUGCCUCGGAGUUCACCUGUACCUGGACACCAGUUGGCAGGGUCCUCCUGCACCCCUGGCUUUGGGACGCUCCAUGCACUCAGAUCAGAACUGGGACCAACAGACCAGGAGGAGACCGGUCUCUGCAGAGGCUGUGGAACACGACAGAACCGUUCAGAUCUCGUUUGUGCAGGCUCUGAAGGACGACAGUCCCAUCAGGAGGAAGGAUGGAGACAGAGAGGACCUUCUUUCACCUCUCCAGCCACGCAGAAAGUGUGCUUCAUUAGCCGGUGAGGAAGCUGCCACAGAAACGCCUGCUGCUAACUGGGCCGCGUGCCUGGACCCAACGUUCAGCCUGAUCCAUCGAAUACACAGCAAACACUGCAGGGUCUACUCUUUCGGGUUGGAAGUGGACAACAAGUCCCUGGAGCGUCUUCUCUCAGGAUCAGGCUGUGAGGUCCACUGCUUCGAUCCCAGCCUGGAGCAACYCCACCUGCAGAGAGCCAACAUGUGGUUCCAUCGACUCUCUGUACACUGGAGGGAUCCCAGCCCAGCUGUUGCCGGCAAACACCAGUACGCAAACACCAAGAARCUGGCCACCAUCUUCAAUGACUUCGGACACAGAGACGUGGAUGUCCUAAAAUUCGACAUGGAGAGCGCAGAGUGGAAGAUUUUGGAGAACCUGGUCCUGGAAGGGGUCCUGGCUUCGGUGGGUCAGCUGCUGCUGGAGCUUCAUCUGCACUGGGCGGGAUUCGAGGUGGGAGGCGACGAUCCGGCGGUGGUGCGGUACUGGUUUAGCCUGCUCAAAGAACUGGAGGGCGCCCACUUCCACCUGUUCCACGUUCACAGCGACCCGGCCAAACCUCGCCUGUUUCUGCACAAGAACGUCCUGAACGCAAGCAGCGCUUACAGACUGAGCUGGGUGAACACACGGUGGACGCCGACGAGGACAACAAAUAAACACAGAAAGUAAAUUUAAAUACAGCGGGCAAAAUAAGUAUUGAACACGUCACCAUUUUUCUCA